AUGGCAGAACGAUCGCGUGGUAUCCCUGAUUCUGAGCUCUUCAUGAGCCGGCCUUCAGAUGACUGCGACAGUCCAACUGUUGAGCCGUUGCGAAUUUUUAAACCACAGAGCCCAAACCCUUACUCCGCUACAAGUGCCGGUGGCGGCGACUUCUCCGGAUCGGAGCGUUUCAGAUACCCGCCGCCGCCAGGAAGCACUUCUUCGGCUAGCCCGGCUACUGCGUCUGUCGCCUCGCGGCCGUCGUUUCCUCUACCGCCCGGUGCAUCAAGCUCCGCCAAUCCACUCCCAUACCCCGUUGACGAUGACCCGAUUAUCCCGCAGGCAGCAUCCAAUGUCCACAAGCCCCGUCCCCCAUACCCCGACGGGCGGCCUCACAUCAACACAAACACCACGGGCAGCAGCUACAAUGACACAUACAAUGACACGUCGCCGCGACUGGGAAUGAGUCCCGUCAGUGGCAAGAAACCGGGCUUGGCCGAGCGGCGGGGCAACAUCCCCACGUCCCUGUCUCCUUCAAGCCCGACCGAUAACGACGACUUCUUUGCCAAGCCUAUUUCGCAACCUGCAGCACGGCCAUCGCAGCAACAGCAGCAGCAGCAGCAACAGAAACCGGCUGUUGCCAGCUACCCACCCAAGUCUUACUAUCACCCUCCUCCCAACGGUUCCACUGCCUCUUCAACUACCUCGUCUUCCUCGGGCGGUGCCGGCGUUUCGGCUACUGCUGCCCCCCCGGACCAUGUCAACCCAUACCGGCCAGCGCGGGCCGACUCUGACACGCUCAAACCUGUCCAGCUGAGCGACUCGCCCAGUGGCAACAACGGUGGCAUGAACAGAUUCGCUUCAACGGCGUCUACAUCUACGACUCGGGCUAGCCGUGGAUCGCCUCCGCCGCCAGAGACGCCCAUUGUAGAGCCGGGCAGCAUUCCUGGCAGCGACAUCGAGGCCCGCUAUGCGGCUGCUGGGAUCUCCGGCACGGCAACCCUAAGCAGCUUUCAAACCCCAAGUGCGGCUGCAGCCCAACGUCUGGCGCAAUACGGCAGCCCGCCAACUCAUGCCCAGCAACAAGCCGCAGCACCGCGUCCAUGGACCCCAACCGAGCAGCCUGACAAUCAGCCUCAUGGUCCACCCACGGUCUACCAGGGCACCAACCCGGUCCAAAACCCACCUCCACCGAGCAGCACUUCCACUGCUGGUGCACAGCAGCAGCUCCCCUUGCACCCAGCAUUUUCUGGUGCAGCCAGUGCCGGUGCUGGCACUGGAGCUGUGGCUGCAGCUGCUACUUCAUCUCCUGCACCACCUGGUUCCACGUCAGCAGCAGCCAGUAACGCCAACUCGGCCAACCCCAGUCUCCAGGUUAGCGUCUUAGAGCAAGACUUCCAGCGCAUGCAGGCGUCCACACCACCUCCUGCGUACACGAGCGUCAACCCAAGUGGAGCCGCUUCUGGCUACCCCAAGGAGAAACAGCAACAGGGUGCGGCGGCCAAUAUCCCGGCUUCGGGUCAGCCCCAAAGUCAACCUCAAGGUCAGGCUCAACCGGCUCAGCAGAACCUUGGCCAACACCCGGCACUGUCAGGUGGCUAUGCCCAACAGCCCCCAGCGGUAUCGAACUCAGCUGCCGCUGCUAUGGCGGCCGCCACUGCUGCUGCGGGAUUCGCGACGGUGAACCAGCCCGGUCAACCCCAGCAAUCACAACAGCUGCCACAACAGCAGCCGACGACUGCUGCUGCAGCUGUCCCUCACCAUCCGUACGGAAACGAAAAGGCAUCUGCCGCUAGUGCUGCCGCUAUCAAUCCUUUGGCCUCUCCUGUGGGCAUGAACGCGAACCAUCCCGCCUUUGCCAAUGAUCAGCGGCCGGAGAGCGUCUUAUCCAACGGUGGUAAGCCACCUCUGUCCCACUCCUUGUCUGUGCAAAGCCCGGUGUCGCCACCGCCGCUGCCCGAAGGCUGGAUCUCGCACCUAGACCAGAACUCCGGCCAGUACUACUACAUCCACCUGGCCACGCAGGCAACGCAGUGGGAGUUCCCCAAGGGCCCGACGCCGCUCAACCAUGAUGCUACACCGCUCUCGCCCGCCACCUCUACAUACGGUAAUCCAUUGGGCUCGCCGUUCAUGAAGCAGUCACUGGCCUCGCCCAUGUACCCGCCCACGCCUGGCUACGCUGAAAGCAUUACGAGUAUGGCCAAUUCCACGGCAACCGGAUUCAUGGGUCCUCCACCCAGCGCCGGUGUCGACAUGUACAAGAUCUCACCCACCAACGGCGUGUACUUUGGCCCCUACCUACGUUAUGUGAACAUGGAUGUCGAGAAGGGCAUUUGGCUUGGUAGCAUUAUGAUUGUGACCGACGGGCCCCAGCCGCCGACGAUUCACAUCCACCAGAGUGUCGACCUGUCGCCAAACCCGCGGCAGCUCAUCCCCUACACCAUAUACACGCACCAGCGCUGGAACUUCUACAAGUACGACAUUGACCUGCAGAUGAGCGAGGCUGGAACUGAGCGCUGGACGUAUGCCGUGACAUCGCACCUCGGUUGCACGCGCUACGAGUUCGUUGUUGCCGGACGUCACGAACAAGGGUGGCGCUUCCUGGCCCACUCGGGCAAUGACUUCUCCCCUCUGACGUCGCAGGCCGACCGCAACAAGCUGGGCGGUGUCGACUUUAUGUGGAAGGAUGUGCUACAGAAGAACGUUGAGUGUGGUGGUUUUCACGUACAGCUAGGUCUGGGUGACCAGAUCUACGCUGACCGCUUGUGGCGCGAGGUACCUUUGCUACAACAGUGGCUGGCCAUCUCGGGCCGCGAGAACCGCAAGAAUGUGCAGUGGACGGCACGGCACGAGGAGGACACGACACAUGCGUACUUCCACUACUACACGUCGCACUUUGACCAGCCGUUCCUGCGCGAGGCCUUUGCACAAAUCCCGCACGUGCUGCAGGUCAAUGACCACGACAUCUUUGAUGGGUUUGGCUCGUACCCGGCCUAUAUGCAACAGACGGCCAUCUUCAAGAACAUUGGUCGUAUCGCCAUCGAAAUGUACCUGCUGUUCCAGCACCACACGACCAUUGAGAUCUUGCGCAACGUGCACACAGACCAAGACCUCUUUACAAUUACGGGCGCUGGUUGGCACUUCGUCAAGUACCUGGGUCCGGCCAUGGUUGUUGUCGGUCCGGACUGCCGCUCGGAGCGUACGCAAACACGUGUGCUUGCUGGUCCCACAUACCAGGGUCUGUUCCCCAAGGUUGCGCUGCUACCACCCAGCGUGCAGCACUGCAUCUGGAUGGUCUCUGUGCCCGUCGUGUACCCGCGCAUGGAGACAGUCGAAACGCUGGCCAACACUCUGCAGACAGGCAAAAAGGCUGUGAACACAACGUAUAACUUGCUGGGCAAGGUCACCAGCUCCGUAGCGGGUGUUGUGGGCGGCAAGGAGGUCGUUCAGCAGGGCUUCACGUCCGUGAAGAAGGCCAUUGGAAAGUCCGGACUGAUGGGCAACUAUCUCAACAACUUUGGCGACAUUGGCAUCUCGGAGGAACUCCGCGACCUGUGGACGCACGAGUCCAAGGAUUUGGAGCGCACGUACCUGAUUCGCACGCUGCAGGGUAUUGCCCAGCAAAAGGGCAUUCGCAUGACGUUCUUGUCGGGCGACGUGCACUGCGGUGGCGCCGGCCUCGUACACGAUCCGUCGCACCCUUCGGACCACAAGACCAUGUACCAGCUGAUCACGUCGCCUGUCGUGGGUGCGCCGUCCAGCAACUACUUGCUGAAGAUGCUGCACAACAACAAGCUGCUGUACGUGCCGCUCAACGGGCACAUGUCCACCAACGAGGUGUCGGACACCAAGGAGGACAUGAUGGAGAUCUUCCAGGUCGAUGCGUCGGGCCAGCCGCGCGAGUACAAGAAGCUCAUGAACCGCCGCAACUACCUCGCCGUUGUUGCGUUCGACCCGGAGGCCAUUGCCGGCACCACCUAUGCGGCCAGCAUCGUCAACGGGCAACAGGGCCUCAGCAAGCUCAGCCUAGCAGUCGACUACGUCGUGCAGGGCGAUGGCGGCAGCGUGCCGACAAAGUACGGACCUGUUAUUGUGCCACACCUCGAGUUUGGCCACUGA